AUGUACGAAAAAGAUACUGAAGUUAUGCUUGUAACGUCAGCUUCCUUAAUUUACGGGAACUUGAAAGUGCAUUAUUCAAUAGAGGACGAAACACUACGAACAUUUGCCGUUAUUCAUGGCGGAUACAUUAAUAUCCUAUUAGCUCAUGGACCGAACGUAAGGCCAAAAUAUUUGCCAUGUAUAGAAAUGGGCACAAAACCAAAGCAUAUCACCGCUUAUGUAACAGAAGUGAAAUGGGCAUUCUUUGGCAACCGGUACCAUCUGUUGGUAACAUCGAACUUAGGAAUCAACGUUUAUGACCAAGAAGGUCAGAUCUUCAAAUUUACUCAUCCAUGCUGUGAUGGCCCAAGGUCUCCAGGAACUUUUGCAAGGGGCAUUGCAUUGAUAGGUGACCAGUUGCUCUGUGUUGGGAACAGUUCGGGCUAUAUCUACAUAUUUUGCUAUCCAGAUGAGGAGAGUUGUCAGGUACUGGAAGUGGUAAGGCUCUUUAAGGCACACGAUCAGGCAGUGAUCUCAUUAGAGAGUGGCAGAAAAACGAUGAUUUCCACUGAUAACUCUGGUGUUAUUACAAUAUGGGCAAUUGACGACAGCAUGAGCCAUCUUGCUACUAUUCCCAGCUUCAGUUCAGUUUGCACAUCUUUGGUGAACUGUGACAGUGUGGUAAUUGCGGGGUAUCUCUCUGGCCACCUCCGCCUAUUUGAGAGCCCAUCUGGUCAGCUUCUUUAUGAUGUGACAGCUCAUGCACGUCCUGUCACAGCUCUCGACUUUACACCUGAAGCUGGAUUAUUGUUAUCUGUAUCGGAAGAUUCUUUUAUUAGAAUCUGGCAGUUGGAACCCAAUGAUAAAUUGGUUCAGCACAAGUCCACUGUACAUGUAAAGGACAGACUCAUAGUUGGCUGCCAGUUCUUGAACAGCAAGGGCACACAGUUUUGCGUGUCAUGUUACGAUUCAGCAGAAAUCCUUUGCUACAAAACAUAACAAUGAUGAUGAUGAUGAUGAUGAUGAUGAUAAUAAUAAUAAUAAUAAU